UUUGCAUUUGUAUGCAAGCGUUUUUGUGACGUUCUGCAUAAUUAACCGACCCCAACAGCGAUCAAAACAAAGUUAGCAUAAUUUAAAAUUAUAAAUGAUUGAAAGCACUAUUAUGCCUGUUUCUUUGUAACACAAAUUUAAAUCCUGCGAUUUGUGAGAGGUAAAAAAUCAGUUAACAAUGAAGUUUAUAUGAAAGAAAAAAUACUUUUCUUUAAAUCGUUUCCCAUAGUACACCGCGAUUUUGCCGCCAUCUUGUUUAUUUUCCUUCAUUGCUGCCAGCAUUAGUCUUUGAUUUUUCCUGUUCUGAAAUACCCCUGACAAGGGGUUUAGCCUGCAGACAUUGGGCGAAUUGCUAGUAAGCACGUGAAAGUGACCGUCACCGAAAAGGGUCAAGCCACGCCAGAGCGGGAUCGCCAGCGCACGGUCACUGUAAAAAGUGUUCAUAACAGCAUGAAUCAUGUAAAUGGAAAGGAAGAAGAGGCUAUGGAAAUAUCUAGUACUGAUGCUCUUGACAAAAGCAACAAUACAAUGGCAAAUGCAAUAAAUGGAGAAGUUGAGGAGGAUGAGGAGAGGAAACCACAGGAGGAAGAUAUGGAGGAAGAUGACAGCAAAGCUGAAGCAACAUUCAGUUAUACAGUUGAGAAUAUCAGCAAGCUGAAAGAUUCAAUGCUUAGUCCCAAGUGUAUGGUUCGAAACCUGCCAUGGAAAAUCAUGGCAAUGCAGCGAAUCAGUCACAAUGCUGAUAAAUAUAACCAGAAGAGCUUGGGAUUCUUUCUUCAGUGCAAUGCCGAAUCAGACUCAACGUCAUGGUCAUGCAACGCCGCUGCUGAACUGAGGAUUAUCAAUCAGAAAAAAGAAGGAGAGGAUUUUGUUCGCAAAAUUCAGCAUCUUUUCUACAGUAAAGAAAAUGAUUGGGGUUACAGUAAUUUUUUACCAUGGAAUGAGUUGUUAGAUCCAGAUAAAGGUUUUUGUAAAGAUGAUAAAGUUAUUCUGCAAGUGCAUGUGAUAGCUGAUGCUCCACACGGUGUUAGUUGGGACUCAAA